AUGAGCUCCGAUCUCGACUUCAGCUUCUCCCAUCUCCUCCGCGACUGCGUUGAUCACGAGGAAACCCUUGAUCCCCUGGAUGCAUACGAUCCCUUCGACCUCAACGAACCCCCCCCCUUCGGCACCCACGACGCCAGAACCCAUGACGGAAUCCACGCCGCUGCCUCCACUGAAAAGAAUCAAAGCCAUGCCAACCGCAAAAAGCAGCGAGCCAAACAGCGAGGAUCCAGCCAGCCCUAUGGCUAUCAAGUGUGCCCCAAUACACAGCGCAAGCACCAGACCCACGUGGAGGAGAUCCCAACCAACCACGCCACUGAGGGUGCCCCAGCAGCAUCCUCCGGGUACGUCGGCAGGCGCCUUGAUGAGGGGUGGAAACGAUCCAGUUGCAUUGCGGGAUUUAGUGGGCCCGAACAGCCUGUUACAAAUCCCCCUCCCCGCCUCAUUAAGAUCCCCCUCCCCCCCUGCAGAACCGCGACUCCCGUCACCGAUGGCGAGGGGCGCGUCAUCGCCGUUCUAGCAGGGCAGCCUGAUGAUCCCAGCUGGGAUGGUGUACAUACCUCGGCCGCCGACCUCUUGGAUCAAACUCGACGCGAAUGCAAUUUCUCACGUAAGCAGCGGAUGCAUCGGCGCGGCCGCUACUCUGCCCUCUCAGCGAUCUUUCAAAUAACGUACCUACAGCACCCGCAGAAUCUUCACCACGAGGGCGCUGCAGCACUGUGUCCUCGCCACCCUCCUCAACCACAUUGCCUUCAUACGCCUAGCGGGAUUUGCCUCCAGGCGCAUUUGCCGCGUGGGCCCCGCCCCUCUUUCAAUACUAUGCCGAACACCUCAAGGCCCUUCUCCUCAGUGACUGACAGCCUUAUCCUCAACUUUGCCAACAGCAUUUUCUGCGCGUGCACGUUUAACUUUGGGCCCAAGACCGCUACCUUUGAACAUACGGACUCGGGAAACCUACCCUUCGGUUGGUGCUCAGUAACAGCGCUCGGUCGCUUCAACCCCAAGCAAGGCGGUCACCUAAUCCUGUGGGACCUCAAGCUGGUAAUUGAGUUCCCCCCCGGAUCUACCAUACUAUUCCCAUCCGCCAUCCUCCGCCACUCCAACACACCCAUCAGGCUGUGGGGAAACAAGGUACUCAUUCACGCAGUAUACGUCGGGGGGGUUGUUUCGCUGGGUGGAUCAGGGCCUUCAGUUGAGUGA